AUGAAGAGGGACGAGGAUGAGGAGGAGACAGGAGCAGCCGCUCUGGGGCUUGAGCAGAAAGGUAAGAGCCUCGACCAGUGUGGGUGUUUCUGCUGUUGACAACUCCUCAGUGGUUAACAUGCAAGUUGUUUUGAUGAUUCAUAUUAUUAGUGUCAUUAGUGUCUAUAACAACUUUAAUAACCGUAUUAUGAACAGUCAAUAGCAGAUAUUACUCUAAUUAUGUUUGCUUGUUUUCUUACAGCUAUGUCCACAACUCUAACCCUGAAAAUAAAGACAGGAGAGAAGAAACGUGCUGGAACGGAUGCCAAUGUUUUUGCUAUCCUUUAUGGAGAAAAAGAUGAUACAGGUGCUCCAUUAUAGUGGCAUUAAUGUGGGCCAGUGUUAUAUACUUUUUUUUGGCUAAUUUAAAUGCAUAUUUCAAAAAGGCAUUACAUGUGUCAAAAUGUAAACAUGUUUGUGAACUACUAAUAUUCCUAUCCCUAAACUCAUGACUGUGUCUAUUCCAGGGAUAAUCAACCUGAAGGCAUGUAAGACCCAUAAGAACAAGUUUGAGCAGGGCAUGGUGGGUGAAUUCACUGUGGAGGCUGUGGACCUGGGAGAGCUGGAAAAGCUACGCAUCGGCCAUGACAACUCAGGUGAGACCACAGGGGUUCAUCCAUCCACUCAUAUCUACCAAUUAACAACGUUCAAAAGAAAAUAAACAUCCCCAUGCUAUGAAACCCCUGAUCUCAUGACCACCGUGUCUGUGUGUGGUGCCAAGGUGGCUCUCCUGGUUGGUUUCUGGACUGGGUGGAGAUCGACGCCCCCUCUCAGGGCCAGAGACUCCGUUUCCCAUGUGGCCGUUGGCUAGAUAACAGAGAGGAUGAUGGGGCCAUAGUGAGAGACCUGUACCCCAACGAACUCCAGACUGAACUCUACAUGCCAUGUAAGUCAUGCUCUUUAACAUUUAAACAGGUAUGGAGUAUGAUACUAUGUUUUUACAACACUUUCCAAGGAUCCUUACAAUGUACCUUGCUGUCAAGAAUUGUUUGGUUUGGUGUGCAGGCUAUUGUUCCAGUGCUCAGCACUAAAACACCUACAGUAUUCAGCUAAUCCACUGUUCAUCAGGAGGACAUUGAUAACCCCUAUGCUCUGUAGCUGUGGCACUUUAGGACCGGAGUUGGUGACUACUGAUCUAUCAUAGUGAAACCAUCUCAUCUCGCUUUUCAGUUGUCCCCUAUGAGAUCAAGAUAUACACAAGUGAUGUGUUUGGUGCUGGGACAGAUGCAGACGUGUUUAUAGUUCUUUACGGCUGGAAGGGCCUCUGCACCCAGCAGAAACACCUGUGUGUCAACAAGAGAGAGAGAAGGCUGUUCUUCGAGAGAGGAGCAUACGAUAUGUUUAUCGUGGAGGUGUGUGUGCGAGCGUAUAUGACUGUUCAUGUCUUAAACCAUACAAAUGAUAUACUUUUACCCAUUUAAGAAAAUACAUGUUCCCAUACAGUAUAUGCCAAGACUACAGAAUGAAAUGUGAAAGUGGAUGGCAUUUAAUCUAAUGUGCUAUCUGAUAUAUGUGCCUGUAGUUGGAGGAUGUGGGUGACGUCAUUGAGAAGAUCCGUAUUGGCCACGACAACAGGGGCACCAACCCGGGCUGGCACCUAGACAGAGUGGAGAUCAGACGCCUACUCAGGAAGGGAAAGGUACUGAAGCACUGCGUCUCAUUCCUUCUCUCCUGGCCUCAUUCACUCAUGAAUGGGCUGUGUCUUAUUUAAAAAACAUUGUCCCCUUUACCCUGUUCACUCUUUCUGCUUCUCAUCUCUGAUGAAAAGGUUUAAGCAAUAGCUUCACCUACAGUAAUCUGUACCCACAUUGUGUUAAUCUAUUCAGUCCUAUCAGAUAAUCAAAGUAUAAUUUAUUAAACUAAUCAAAAACCCUUCCAACAUGGCUGCCCCCUCAGGGUUCGGAGACGACCAUCUUUCCGUGUGAGCGCUGGUUGGCUAAGUCAGAGGACGAUGGGGAGACGGUGAGAGAGCUCGUCCCCUCUGAUAUCAUCACAGAGAAACUGCUGAAGGAAGGAAAACUGAAACAUACAGAGAUGGAGGUGGAGGACGCCCUUGAAAGUAGGUCCCUAGCUGCCUAUACAUGGUCACAUGAGAGAUAUCCUCCCUCCUGUUCUGUUACAUUGAAUUUACAUUAAUUACUAUCUUUGAUGUUCUCCAGCUCACACCUAUACGGUGUCUGUGAGAACGGGUGACAUGUACGGAGGAGGGACCGAUGCCAACGUGUUUCUCACCAUCUACGGAGACCUGGGAGACACGGGGGAACGCAAACUCAGCAAGUCUGAGAGCAACAGCAACAAGUUUGAAAGAGGGGCGGUAUGUGUAUUAUUAUUUGGUAACACUUUACAUUAAGUUGCAAAGAUACCAUAUAUACUGAACAAAAAUAUAAACGCAACAUGUAAAGUGUUGGUCCCAUGUUUCAUGAGAAAUAAAAGAUCCAUACGCACAAAAAGCUUAUUUCUCUCAAAUUUUGUGUACAAAUUUGUUUACAUCCCUGUUAGUAAGCAUUUCUCCUUGGCCAAAAUAAUCCAUCCACCUGACAGGUGUGGCAUAUCAAGGAGCUGAUUAAACAGCAAAAUCAUUACACAGGUGCACCUUGUACUGGGGACAAUAAAAGGCCACUCUAAAAUGUUCAGUUUUGUCACACACCACAAUCCCACAGAUGUGUCAAGUUUUGAGGGAGCGUGCAAUUGGCAUGCUGACUGCAUGAAUGUCCACCAGAGCUGUUGCCAGAUAAUUUAAUGUUCAUUUCUCUACCAUAAGCCACCUUGAACGUUGUUUUAGAGAAUUUGGCCUCACAACCGCAGAUCACGUGUAACCACGCCAGCCCAGGACCUCCACAUGUGGCUUCUUCACCUGUGGGAUCGUCUGAGACCAGUCACCCGGACAGCUGAUGAAACUGUGGGUUUGCACAACCAAAAGAUUUCUGCACAAACUGUCAGAAACCGUCUCAGGGAAGCUCAUCGUAACUGACUUCAGUGGGCAAAUGCUCAGCUUUGAUGGCCACUGGCACGCUGGAGAAGUAUGCUCUUCACGGAUGAAUCCCGGUUUCAACUGUGCCGGGCAGAUGGCAAACAGCGUGUAUGGCGUCGUGUGGGCAAGCGGUUUGCUGAUGUCAACUUGUGAACAGAGUGGCCCAUGGCAGUGGUGGGGUUAUGGUAUGAUGCAGGCAUAAGCUAAGGACAAUGAACACCAUUGCAUUUUAUUGAUGGCAAUUUGAAUGCACAGAGAUACCGUGACGAGAUCCAGACAUUUCACCCAUUGAGCAUGUUUGGGAUGCUCUGGAUCGACGUGUACGACAGCGUGUUCCAGUUCCCGCCAAUAUCCAGCAAGUGGAGUGGAACAACAUUCCACAGCCCACAAUUAACAGCCUGAUCAACUCUAUGCGAAGGAGAUGUGUCGCGCUGCAUAAGGCAAAUGGUGGUCACACCAGAUACUGACUGGUUUUCUGAUCCACGGCCCUGUAACCAACAAAUGCAUAUUUGUAUUCCCAGUAAUGUGAAAUCCAUAGAUUAGGGCCUAAUUUAUUUAUUUCAAUUGAUUGGUUUCCUUAUGUGAACUGUAACUCAGUAAAAUAUUUGAAAUUGUUGCAUGUUGCGUUUAUAUUUUUGUUCUGUGUAGUUUACCAUGUAGUUUCAUGGGAUACUAACACUGUGUAUUAAGGGUAACUAAUUAAUGUAAUGGAGGACUGGUCCCUAAUUCCCUCAAGCCUCUCUCAGACCAUCGUAGUCACUAAGAGCAGACAGGUUUAUUUGUCUACACUACAUGGGUUCCUUUCUUCUUCUCUCUCCCAGGUGGAUAAGUUCUCAGUUGAGGCGGUGGAUCUUGGUCAGGUGUUUAAGAUCCGUAUCCGCCACGACAACUCAGAAUUUAUGGGGGCAGACUGGUACCUGGACCAGGUAGAGGUGGUGGACAUGGAAACAGAAGAGGUAUAUUUGUUCCUGUGUGAGCGUUGGCUCUCCAAGACGAAGGAGGACAAACGCAUCGAGAGAACCUUCUACAUCAAGGUACAGUAAUAGGGUUUAUCUUAGAUUGUUUCACAGGCGGAAUGUAAAGCCCCCCAAAGCAAUAUCCAGAGCUUCUGGCAUUAUUCUAAUCUCAUCAGAACUGUUGGCAUCAUUGUGAUGUUCUUUAGUGGAUUGUUUUGGCCCUUCCCAGGGUUAUGAGGGUGAGAGGAACAUUGAUCCAAACAAGAAGAGCACCCAGGCCAAGAUAGGGCUGGACAGGAAUGCAAACAAGAAGAAGAAGAAGAAAAAGGCGGUCGUAGAGGAGGGUCCAGGUAAGCGAGCACAUUGGUUGCAACGUUGCUUCAUUAAACUCUGUGAGCAUGUAAACAAUGUGUGGGUGUUCUCCUUCCUUCCUGCUGGCCAGUCAUCCCCUACCACUUCACUGUGUCUACUGCUAUGGACCCUGACGCUAGCACCACAGCCAGGGUCUAUGUCAUCGUCAUGGGACCUAAUGACAUUGAGACGGAGCGUCUGUGGCUGGACCUGCCUGAGGGGAAGAAAAGCUUCGCUGCAGGGAGCAUGGAGAACUUCCAGUGUUACGGAACUGACGUGGGAGAGAUCAAGAGGGUGGAGGUAAGGAUGAGGGCACUACUCACUAGGCUUAUCAUGCUAGAAUGGAAGUACAUGAGCUGUUCAUUACCCAUGAAGGGUUAGGAUUAAGCUAAGAAUAAGGCUGAUAUUAGAUUUUAGUAGGUUACCAGCUUUUGUGGUUGCCUCUACCUCUCGCUCUACUUCGCUUCCUAUAUUUAUCUAUUUUUCUCGCUCUUUCUCUCCCCCCUCCAGCUGGGUCAUAAUGGGGCAACCCCAGAGAGCUGCUGGUUGGUGGACGAGCUGUCGGUUGACGUGCCGACCAAAGGCAUCAAGUACAUCUUCCAGUGUAAGUGCUGGUUGGCCAAGGACAGAGGCGACGGUCUCACCAGCAGACUGUUCAACGUACUGGAUGCCAACAGUAUCAAUAUCGUCCGGAAGGUAAGUUUGUUGGGACAAUAACACACUGAAAAGCACUAUGUGACAGAGAGGUAUUUUCAAUAUGAAUGGAUGGUUAUAUGCAUACUUGUGCUUGGGAUGCUCCUUCGUGGUGAGGGCUUCCUUGAAAGAGAUUCUGCUAUCUCAAUGGGGCUUAAAUACAGGACACAUGUAUGUUUACCCUCCAGAUCAUCUAUGUGGCCACGGUCAUCACAGGCGACACCCAGGAUGCAGGGACGGACACCAACAUUUUCCUGUCUGUGUUUGGAGCCAAUGGGAGCACAGAGGAGAUGCUGCUGCCCAAGAAUGAGGACAGGUGACAUCACACUGUCAUUCAAUAGAGUGAAUCUAGUGUUGACUGGGUUGACUCGUAUUGGGCUGGGCCAACAUCGGGGGAUGUCCAUGUGAUGAUUUUAUGAGGUACCCUACCCUAGCCUGUUAAACUCUGAACAGUUGUUUUGGGCCCUGUACUGGGCCCGGCAAGUUUUUUCACCGCCUCACAUAAAGGUCAUAAAUCAUGCGCUAUGGUCAUAUUCAUAGAGUAUGCAAUGUAGGUCAAGUCACCAAAAAGUCAUGUCACCAUUUAGUAUGCAUGGAAAGGGUACACCCUGGUAGUCAUUGUAAAGCAAUGCAUUUCCUUCUCCAAUCACAUUUCCUUGUAUGCAUCCUCCACAUGCACUGUUGAUCUAGCUCAUCGUUUACAAUAGGAAACGUGAAUGGGAAAAUACGUUUAAAGGUUCCUCACCCGUCUGUGUCUUAAUUCAACAAAAAAACUUGAAAGCCUUGAUUGUUAAGGUAAUUUUAAGAUGUCAGGCUUGAAAAUCCGUUCAGCCAUUUUGGCACAGUGACACACUACCCAAACCAGACGCAACUGGUUUCAAGUGGCCAAGAGACGUCAUGCGAUCUCCUACUGCAAUCUAGUGGACGAACUGGGAAUCAGACAGGGGAUGUAUUUACAUCAAUGGAUAGGUAGACUUCAGCUUUGUGAAAGCAUGGCACGUUGCACAAGCCCUGCACUUUUAAAAUGGCCGUGUUCCUAUGGGAAUUUGCGCAUGUUUAGAGCACAAAAGAUCUGACAAAUGUUUUUUCUUUAUAUAAAAAAAAACUUUUGGAACAUUAAUUGGUGACAUAUUUUAUUUAAAACCUAGACUUUCAAAUCUCUUAUUCUCCAACAUGGGGACAAUUGGGGGGAACUGUACAAAAAUAACUGUACAUUUCAGUUUUUUUUUGUCACAUUGUUUCUGACACCUUUAUCACCUUUCUAACAGUACUAACCAUGUGUUUGUAGGACUUAUAGUUUUGAAACCGAAAUGUACUUUGUGAGGGUAGUAUAUAGUAUUAUGCGUUGUUUAGAAAACACCACCAGAGGGGGUCAGAGUUUAAGAGGCUAGUUUGUUCUUGGCACCACGAUUAUUCGAACCUUUGGAGCCAUUGUCCUUAUCUAGCCAUGUCUUCCUCCACAGGUUUGAGAGAGGUCAAGAGGACACGUUUAACCUGGAGAUAGAUGACAUCGCUCCUCUGAAGAAGAUCAGGGUUCGAAUCGACGGCUCUGGGAGUCGCCCUGACUGGUUCCUUGACAGGGUUGGCACUCAAACUUAGUGUGCUCAUAGGGGCCGAUUCAGACUUAGGAAAUUUAAGUUUUUCCUAUGCAUGCCUUUCCUAUGCACUUCUCAGGAUUUCGUAUUCAGACUUACCUUAUUCAGUCGUGUAUCGCACUCUGCAGGUGUGGCUACCUUGCACGCUCUGAAUAAAUUACAUUCAACCGCUGAAAACCCUCCCACUUGCUGGUCAACAGAUUUUCUCGUGGAGUUUUCAUUCAAUAGGGUUUUCAGUACAUGUAUCUUAAGCCAUCUAUUUAAAUACGGUGUACCUUAUAGUUUGAAUUUUAUCAACAGACUCACUAGAAUAUAUUGAGAGAACAUGUUCAGAAUAUUAGGGAUCAAUGAAAGAAAGCCAUCUAAAUAUAUGCAUAUUCAUCUCCGUUUCAGCACCAAUUGGUAGAUUUCAAAAUAGUCUGAUCUUGUAGAUCAUUUAGGUUUAACUGUUACAGCUUGGUCUGCGCUCCCCUCCAUAACGAUUGAAUUAGCCUACAUGUGAUCCUCAGCAAAUGAAGGUAAACAAAACAAUGUAAUUCAAUGGAAUGAUAAUGUAGACUAUACCAGCUGAAGGGAACUGACAGUAAAUUGGCUGUUAAAUAUGUGUGGUUAUUAGGCCUACUGACAGUCGAUACUGAUAGUUGAUCAUAUUUAAUAUCAUAGAAAUAGGAAACAGAUCGAUACUGAUAGUGGUUCAUAUUUAACAUGAUAGAAAUAGGAAACAGAUCGAUACUGAUAGUAGAUCAUAUUUAACAUGAUAUAAAUAGGAUACAGAUCAAUACUGAUAGUAGAUCAUAUUUAACAUGAUAGAAAUAGGAAACAGAUCAAUACUGAUAGUAGAUCAUAUUUAACAUGAUAGAAAUAGGAAACAGAUCGAUACUGAUAGUGGAUCAUAUUUAACAUGAUAGAAAUAGGAAACAGAUCAAUACUGAUAGUAGAUCAUAUUUAACAUGAUAGAAAUAGGAAACAGAUCGAUACUGAUAGUGGAUCAUAUUUAACAUGAUAGAAAUAGGAAACACAGAAAGUUGGGGUAGCCUAUAAUUAAGACAUUAGAGAGUAUACAUCUCUGCAAGUUAAAAGGCUGUACAAUUUAAAUUCUGCAUAAAGGCACAGCAUUUCAAAACCUUUACUGUGAUAAGGUUGAUAAGUUGAUGUGCUUCAGUUUGCUGCCAUAUGACUGGUUUCACAUUUGUCUCCUCCAGCAACUAUACGGUAAAAUCAAUCAAUCAUUCAAUCAAUCAAUCAAUCAAUCAAAUAUAUUUAUAAAGCCCUUUUUACAUCAGCAGAUGUCACAAAGUGAUUAUACAGAAACCCCAAACAGCAAGCAACGCAGAUGUAGAAGCACGGUGGCUAGGAAAAAAACCAUAGAAAGACUGGAAUCUAGAAAGAAACCUAGAGAGGAACCAGGCUCUGAGGGGUGGCCAGUCCUCUUCUGGCUGUGCUGGGUGGAGAUUAUACAAGUACAUGGCCAUUAAGGCCAGAUCGUUCUUCAAGAUCUACAAACGUUCAUAGAUGACCAGCGUGGUCAAAUAAUAAUCACAGUGGUUGUAGAGGGUGCAACAAAUAGAUCUAAAACAAGUGUCAUUUAUAUUUACAAUUCCCUUAUCCAAACAGAUUACUCAUUUGCCUAGCUCUUAUCAAUAGUUCUUAUCAUGUUGGAUUUCUAUCUGGAAAAAUCAAGUAGAUGCUUUUUCCACUUGGAACCGGUAGGUUCGCUAGACCUUGUUCAUGGUUUCCUCACGCGUAAAGGUGGUGGAAUUAUGAGGGAAUUAAGUCACGAUCAGAAGGCAUAUCCGUAGACCAGGGUUUCCCAAACUCGGUCCUGGGUUUGAUGAUUAGUUGAUUAUUUGAAUCAGCUGUGUAGUGCUAGGGCAAAAACCAAAACGUGCACCCCUUGGGAUCCCGAGGACCAAGUUUGGGAAACACUGCCGUAGACACACUUCCGCCACACCUUAAUUUAUUCGAUCUCCACCCCAAACGAAUAGCAGGUGAAUAGCAUCCUAUUCUCAUGCUUAUGUUCAAGGUCAGAAUAUGCAUAGAGAGAAAGGUGCAUUAAAAGGGAAUUACACUCCAUUUACGCAUGCUUAACUCGGGUCGGAUUUCCCCCCAUACUGUAUUAUGUUUAUUUCAGCCCUCUAAUCUCAAAACAGUAAGUUGCUCUGAGAGUCUGCUAAUGGACUAAAAUGUUAAUGUAAAUGUCUGGUAUGCAUGGGAUACGUGUCCUCUAGAUCAUGAUGCAUAACCUGACUACAGAGGAGGUGUCUGUGUUUACCUAUGAGAACUGGCUGUCAAAGACCAAAGGGCCCAAAAGGACUAAGAUCUGUGAGCUGGCAGCGGUGGUGGAUGAGGAGGAGAUGGUGGAGAGGACCACCUACAUCAUCCAGGUCCAGACCAGCGACAUCGGAGGUGGGUCACAACAGCUCCACAUGGGAACAGAAAUCCACAUGGGAAAAACUCCUGCACCCACUAGGCACCCCCUAGUUCUACCUUUAUUUUCACCAUCUUUAAUCUACCUUUUCCUCCUUUCUUCCAGGAGCGGGCACUGAUGCCAACGUGUUCCUGAUAGUGUUUGGGGAGAACGGAGACACUGGUACGCUGGCACUGAAGGAGGGCGGUAGCAGAAACAAGUUUGAGCGGAAGUCAAAAGACGUGUUCCGCUUCCCAGACAUCCUCAGCCUGGGAGAGCUUUCCAAGCUCCGCGUAUGGCACGACAACAAGGGUGAGGAACAGGUCUUCAUGUGCCAUGCCACGUAGUUGUAUCACAAACGGUAAUGACGGUGAUGGCGGUGGCCAAACAGACUGAGAAAGGACACAGGAGGGCUUUCUUUCUCGCUUUUGAUUGAUUGAUUUCUUGGCAACUGCAGUUCUGUACACAGGAUUUACAGCAAGGGAAAACUAAACUAAGUCUUGAAGUGGCUGAUUGGUGAUGAUUGGAGGAGAGGCAAUAAUAUAAGCCAUAAACCUGUGUUUCUCUCAGGUCCUGCCCCGGGUUGGCACCUGGAGUACAUCGAUGUGAAAGAUGAGACCAUGGACAAGAAUUUCCGUUUCCCAUGUGACCGCUGGCUGGCCAAGAAUGUGGAAGACAGGCAGAUCAUGACAGAGCUGGCCUGUGCCAACAACGACAUCCUGGACUUCAGUGAUAAGACCAGUUAGUUCACCACUGACCCUGAUGUAGACUAGUGAGCCAAGAAAACUCCAGAGAAAUAGAUUGUUCCAUGAUAAGUGGAUGGCCGCUAUAUUAGAUGUACCAUUUGGAAUGUUCGAUUAAUUGAUACUCCAUAUAAAUGAAUAUCACCAUAUAUAAAUUAAUGUAGUCUACCAGGUCAGUUUACAUUUCCUUUCAAUCCUCACAACUAACAUCUAGGCUAGGGGUUGUAGAUCUCUUUAUUUUUUUACACGGCAGGCACUUAUGUUCUGAAUAAAUGAAGUUAGAAUUUAUGAGGUUGCAUUUUUUAUUCUUUCUCCAGAAUAUGAAAUUGCCACUACAACAGCUAACACUGAUGACGCAGACACCAAGGAGAAUGUGUGGAUCGUGCUGGAAGGAAAGAAGGGACGUUCAAAGGAGUUUGUGCUGGAGAAUAGUUCAAAGAAAAAGAGGUUCCUUUGGUAGGUUCUCAAAGAAACACUUCAAGCCAUUCUCUUGUUAUUGGUGCCCCUAAAGAAUCUUCUCUUCUCUUUCAAGUGCUCUGGCGUUCUACCUUUUCUCUUGAUCUUACUGUUUUCAGCAGGCCAUUAAUUUCAGGACAGUUAAGUCCAUACUGUGCUUAGAAUAAUCAUUAUUUUACAGAUAUAAAAGAAGGGAGAGUAAAUCAACUUAUCUCCUGUGGAUGUCUCUUUUCAGUGGAGCCACAGACACAUUUGAGUUUUCCUCCAAGAAUGUGGGUGAGAUAGCUGGCAUCUGCGUGGGGCACACGACUAAAGACAGCAAGAAGGUGAAGGGUGAGGCCUUCUGGCACGUCCUGGAAGUUGUGGUGACAGACAAGGGACUGGGAAACAAGUGAGUGAAAACUUCUGGGGAACAAAGACAGGUCUUUUUCUCAUCAUGUCUAAACUCAUGUCAUCAUGCUUCUCUUUCUGUUCCUGUCCAGGUAUUUAUUCCACUGCGAUGCCCAGAUCCCUCUAGCAGCCAAACGGGACAAGUUCCUGACCUUCGAAUGCUUUAAGACCAUCGAGAGCUUUGCCAGCAAGGUCCGCAGCCUCGUGCCCGUCAAGUACGAGAUAAUCGUCAUCACCGGCGACGUCAAAAGGGCCGGAACUGACUCUAACGUUUACAUCACCAUAUAUGGCUCCAAUGGGGAUUCCGGAAGACGUGCCUUAAAGCAGAAGUUCCGAAACCUUUUUGAGCGGGGACAAACAGAUCAUUUUACUCUGGAGAUGUUGGAUUUAGGGGAGCUGCUGAGGGUCAAAGUGGAGCAUGAUGGCUCAAGCCACAACUCUGGUUGGUACCUGGAGUGUGUAGAGGUCACCAACACAGCCAACUCGGUGACCACUAUCUUCCUGUGUGGGAAGUGGUUGGACCCUCAGAAGGCAGAUGGGCAGAUACAAAGAGUGCUCUACCCCAAAUACUGACAAGUACCCAUGUUAACCCUUAAGAGCCGGGGGGAGGGAGGAUUGUUUUAAGAUUGUCAUACCGAGGACCAUUUAGCUAUUUCAUUUUGAAUUUUAGGACCCCUUUAGGUAUAUAUAAAGAAAAUUACAACAAUUAUUUGAUGAAACAUUGAAUUUGGCCUUACUGCUAUUAGCCCAUAGAAACACAUUGAAUAAGAGAUUCAUCCAUGGAAAAACAGAUAGUGAAAAAAUAAAUCGAAAUGAAGUUUGUUUUAAAGUGUCUGUUUUUACACUAAACUACUUGCAUAAAUACUGUACUACCAUUAAUUGUUUUAACUGGUACUGGGCUACCUUCAGACAAGUCUUGUGAUGCUUGUGGGUGUCCUAGCCAAACUGUUCGGAAGAUACAGACAGAAGUUGGCAGAUCGGCAGUACCGACUUCAGACGAGUCACGUGACCGUUGUGUUCAUGAGAGUCUCAUCUUUCCAUAGAGUGGUCAUAUUAGUUUGGAUGCCAAACCGUUCGGAUGCUACAGAGGUUUUCGUGAGAACCUGUCUCAUUGUCUGACAAACACAGCUGUAGCUCGGCCACCUUCCACCGCAGAUGCGGAAGGUCGCCAUUGUCGGAUGCGGUGGUUUGAGUUUAUCAGCGCAUGCAAAAACAUAUCUCUAGUUUAAACAGACAGAUUUUGAUGGGGAUUUUUGUAUUAUGCUAAUUCGAUUUCCUAUCGCGGCGGAACUUGGGACCAGCUAUUUAUGUAUUGGAGUUUUUUUUUUUCUGGAGUACUUUUCAAUCUGA